AUGUCUCAGGUGCUGGUGGAGUUCUGGAGCAUGCCAAUGAUGACCAGAUCACCAAAUGCUUCAAUGCAGGACUGCCUAGCAAACGGGUACAUCAGCAAGGCAUAA